GCAUCGAGAGAAACCACAAAGGCCACUCUUUGUGUGGGCCUUGGAUGUAGGAAAGCAAGGGGUGUCCGCCCUCGCCUGCCACUUUGCAAAUUUGACCAUAUCUCUGUUGGUGUCAAUGGACAACACAGAGACGUCGCAAUGUAGCUUUUACUUUGCUAUUUAUAACAUCGACCAAGCUCUGGGGACCACAACCACGAUCAUCAUCCACAAGACGCUUGUGGGGAUUGCAAAGAAGGCAAGGAGGGACAGGCGGAGGUCAGAGGACCAUGAACUUGAUGAGGGCAUCAGUGGAAAGCGGUGGGGCGUGUUGGAAGCUAUAUCCCUAUGUGGCUUUUAUGGUGAACCACCAAGCUUGAGGAGGUGGGGCAUCCAAGUGUCAGAGUGGGUGGGUGCUGUGCUACUGGCAAGGUGUGUCUCAGGUUCUUUCGACCUGCUAAUGAAAGACGUUCUUUUGGUGCACGUGGCUCGGGCUGUGGACGGCAGAUUCGAUGGCCACCCCCGGGCACUGCUGUUCUUCGUCAUGGUGUUCUACCCAUUGCUGGUGAACAUAACCAUGGCAUGCAUUGUUGAUGGCGUUUUGAAGCGCAAGAAAAAGUGGCAUCGCCUCGGAAACACAUUGCAUGGAGAGGAGGCGCCCCUAAUCAGUGGGGUGAGCAGCCCAGACGAUGGCCAUCGAGACUGCGAGCUAUCCAUUUGCUCUGAUCUGCUUAGAUAUGAAAGUGACAGCGUAGGAAGUCCGCACCAUUAUGCAGCUGGCAAGCUGGGGCCGUCUUCACCUUCUGGUGUUGCCCAAUGA